GCCUAUAUAAGGCUGCCAGUCGGCGCUCCGGGUACACGCGCUUCAACUUCGGUUGGUGUGUGUCGAAGAAACCCGACUGCGACCUGGGAAGGAGAACAUCGGAGAGCAUCGGAGAGGGUCCACCGAGCCCCGCGGAAGGUCCGCUGAGCGGGCUUCGCAACCGGAGCCUCUCCGGGCUGCGGGGCAGCCAGCGGAUCCCGCGCCCGGCACAGGUGUGGGACCCCGUCCUUCCCGCCCUCGCAGAGGAGUCCUCGCGUGGUGAGUAUGCGAAACAAAAAGCAUUUGAAAGCAAAAAGAAGAAAGGGUGGAAGAGGAGGCCAGGACCCAGGCCCUCAUCCCCACAGAAGCGAAGCCACAGCUGGGAGGUCUCCUCCCACCCCAACUGCCACCCUGGGGCCCGCCGACUGCCCCCCGCCUCCCCCUCCUCCCCCCCCCAACGACCCCUCCUCCAACAACAACAACAACUGCCAGAAGGAUCAGGGCAACCCCAACAGCCAGGAGCACCGCCAGCGUGAGAACCUCUCCCAAGAGAUCAACGACCUCCGCGAGAAGGUCAUGAGGCAGUCCGAGGAGAACAACAAGCUGCAGGACCAGGUGCAGAGGCUCACGCAGGAGAACUCGAACCUCCGCGAGCAAGUGGGGCCCAACCCCCCGGAGGAGGAAGAGGAGGAAGAGGAAGAGGAGGAAGAGGAAGACGAUGAGCUGGAGCUGUGCGGCGCGGCGGCGGCUGCUGUCCCCCUGCCUCCCGAGGUGGACGAGGGCUCCGAAGACCUGCCCGAGAAGUUCGACGGCAACCCCGACAUGCUGGUGCCUUUCAUGGCGCAGUGCCAGAUCUUCAUGGAGAAGAGCAACCGGGACUUCUCCGUGGACCGCGUGCGCGUCUGCUUCGUGACCAGCAUGAUGACCGGCCGCGCGGCCCGCUGGGCCUCCGCCAAGCUCGAGCGGGCCCACUACCUGAUGCACAACUACCGCGCCUUCAUGUCCGAGAUGAAGCACGUGUUCGAGGACCCGCAGAGGCGCGAGGCCGCCAAGCGCCAGAUCCGGCGCCUGCGCCAGGGCACGGGCUCCGUGGUGGACUAUUCCAACGCGUUCCAGAUGAUCGCCCAGGACCUGGACUGGAACGAGCCCGCGCUCAUCGACCAGUACCACGAGGGCCUCAGCGAGCACAUCCAGGCGGAGCUCGCGCACCUCGAGGUGGCCCGCUCGCUGCCCGCGCUCAUCAGCCAGUGCAUCCUCAUCGAGAGGAGGCUGGCCCGGGCGGCCGCCGCGGCCCGCAAGCCGCCCACCUCCACCACCACCACCACCACCACCACCACCCGCGUGCUGGUGCUGGCCCGCACCACCCACCACCAGGUGGACCCCACCGAGCCCGUGGGCGGCGCACGCAUGCGCCUGACCCCGGAAGAGAAAGAGAGACGCCGGAAGCUCAACCUGUGCCUCUACUGUGGGAACGGAGGCCACUACGCCGACAACUGUCCUGCCAAGGCUGCCAAGGCUGCUGCUGCCGGGAAACUCCCCGGCCCCGCUGUAGAGGGACCUUCAGCGACCGGGCCGGAAUUAAUAAGGUCCCCACCGGAUGAUGCUUCAUCUCACCUGCAAGUGAUGCUCCAGAUCCACAUCCCGGGCAGACACACCCUGAUUGUCCGGGCCAUGAUUGACUCUGGUGCCUCCGGCAACUUCAUCGACUACGAGUACGUCGCCCGCCACGCCAUUCCUCUGAGGAUCAAGGACUGGCCGAUACUGGUGGAAGCCAUCGACGGGCGCCCCAUAGCAUCGGGCCCCGUCGUCCACGAGACGCACGAGCUGAUCGUCGACCUGGGAAACCACCGGGAGGUGCUGUCCUUGGAUGUGACUCAGUCCCCGUUCUUCCCCAUCGUCCUGGGGGUGCGCUGGCUGAGCACCCACGACCCCAACAUCACCUGGAGCACCCGAUCCAUCAUCUUCGACUCCGACUACUGCCGAUUCCACUGCCGCGUGUACACCCCCAUCCCCGCCUUCCUCCCCCCUGCGCUGCCUCCCUUCUUCUUCGCCAUCGAGGCUUUCCGAGUGUACCAGCCCGUGAGGUACUACUACGUGCAGAACGUGUACACCCCCGUCGACGAGAACGUCUACCCCGACAACCGCCUCGUGGACCCCAACAUCGAGAUGAUCCCCGGAGCCCACAGCAUCCCCAGCGGCCACAUCUACUCGCUCACCGAGCCCGAGAUGGCAGCUCUGCGGGAGUUCAUCGCCAGGCACGUGAAGGAUGGUCUGAUCACCCCAACCAUCGCGCCCAACGGUGCCCAGGUCCUUCAGGUGAAGAGGGGGUGGAAGCUGCAGGUUUCCUACCGCUGCCGCGCUCCCAACAGUGUCACCAUCCAGAAUCAGUACCCUCAGCUCUCUGUUCCAAAUUGGGAUGACCAGGCCCACCUGGCCACCUACGCUGAGUACGUCCCUCAGAUUCCUGGAUACCCCACCUACCCGGCCUACCCGGCCUACCCCGUCGGCUUCGCCUGGUACCCAGUAGGAAGAGAUGGACAUGGACGCCCGCUCUAUGUCCCCGUGAUGAUCACCUGGAAUCCCCACUGGUACCGCCAGCCUCCGGUACCCCAGUAUCCUCCGCCGCAGCCGCCGCCGCCUCCGCCGCCGCCGCCGCCGCCGCCCUCCUUCAGCCUGUGAAUUCUUUUCACGUCCUUAAGGAUCUCUGCCCUCAGCGUGUGUCAUGGGCAGCUUCUCCAUCAGUGACUGUGUGCCAACCUGGGCCCCUGUAUCUUCAGGCCAAACCUGUCACCUCUGAAGAGCCACAGAAGGUCAGGGCCACCCUGGACUUGGCGCCCGUCCUGAAAUCACCAAAAAGACCUCUUGGGAGCAACAGACUAUUUGACCAACAAAUUAACUUUCUUAACUGCCAAUUCUAACCUAAAUUCGCAAGUUGACUUCCCAGGUAAUCUUGGAAAUAUUUACAGAGAAGCUGAUGCCAACACACGAAAUGCUGUUUUCUCUAAAGAGGGGGAGACAUGGAGGAGGAGGAUAAAACUUUAUUACAGUUUUGGUUCUCUUUAAAGAGAACCGCCGCCUUAUUAAGGAAGCCACAAUUGACUGGUGCAGUGUGAAACGGCUUCCGUGAUCUUUCCGCUGCACCCCUAAAAGCUUCACCUUUGAACUUCUCUUUCGUGAUUUUGUUACUUCUCAAGGAGCAGCAACGUGACCAGUUCUCCCGGGAGCAGGCACAGCACCUCGGGCUCCAGAAGGAAGUGCCCUUUUGGAUGGACUCUUGCAUGUUGAGUGUGCCUUCACAUGUGUGCCCACACUCAUUCCUGGGAAGGAUGUCUUUGAGGAAGAGGAAUUGGGGCACAGGACACUGUCUUGAGGGCAUGGGCUUCUGUCCUGAGCUCCACAUCCGGUUGCCAAUGAAUGAAAGGCCCCAGAAGACAAGUCUCAAAGCAACAGACAGCUCAGAGGUUGUGUUCAGCCCAGUGACAUCAUCUGGUGUCUCCCGGGGACUGCCUUGACUUCCUUUAGCCUGGUCCCUUGCUACUACCUUGACCUGUUUGUCUAACCUGUCUUUCUUUUAAUUCUUUACUACUGCCAUUACCCUGCUGCAGGAUUUGCGUCAUCCUUCCUGCCUGGUUGCCGAGGCUCCAUUUUGCUGCCACGCGUGGAGAAGAAGGAAGCAGGACUCGAGGAACGUGUGUCAACACAGUUCCAAUUGCCAAAAUACCCCUUAAGCAGUAGAAAACAAUGUGAUAUGUGUCUAUGUAUAUAUAUGUGUAUUUCUAAUUGCCUAUUAGAAAGAGGAGUUGAAUGGUGAAGUUUCAUUUUUUCAUCAACCUCAUCUUUUACUAUUCAUUAUCAUCCACCCUUAUUCUUGCAUGUUUAAAUUCUUUAAUGUUUUUUAACUGUAGAUUAGUUAAGAACUUGAAUUUUUUAACGACUCUAGAGUGGGACUGCUCAUAUUGUUAAUUGUUGAACUGUAAAGUACUAGUCAAUUUUUACUGUGUUUAGAGUUAAGCUAAUUAAAACCGAGGAAGUAAUGUAAUGUAAAAUACUGUGAACUUCUCUCAACAAACACUGUGAAUUAGAGGCUCCUUGGAACUGGAGUUUUGUAUAAUAGUUCAUCUUGUUCAUCUUCAACUUUUAUUUUAACAUCGUGUGUAAUUUUAGUUUUAUCAAUUAGGCCUCUAAAAACAAUCACACGCUCACACAAAUAUGCAAAUCCAAAGAAGAUACCUAAUUGGCUUUUUAUUCCAAAUCAGUUUUCAUUUUCUUUUUCAGUGGAAUCAGCCAACUUGUCCGUCACUCAUGUGUUUUUAAAGUAUGUCAUUAUUUUUUAAAUGGUGCAUUUGUGCUUCUGGACUAUUUUGAAGCGUCACUUCACAUUUUACCUCAGAUAUCAAUAUCAAUCCAUCCUCAUUAUCUUUGAAUUCAAGUUGUGUUGUGUCAAAUUUAUAGUUGUCAAUUGAUCUUUAAGCUGCAGGGGGCCUAGAAAUGGCUCAUUUGUCUGCAGCCCCAACAUGUGCACACGGACAUUUGCCAUAACUGCAAGCAGAAGUCUGGAGACUUUGGCCAGUGACGACAGUGGUCGUCACGGAGAGCACGGAUGAAGCCGCUGACACACAUCUGGCUGUUUAGUGAAGCUUGUGAAAGACUUUUGGCAGUGUGCACUAUGUUGUUUUGCUAUAUAUGCUAUCUGUGAAUGUAGAUGUUAAAGAUAUGUGAUCUCAAAUUUGUUGUUCUGUAGCAGCAGAAUUUUAAUAAGUUUCCUUUCAGUCGAUUGAUUUAAUUUGUUGCUGUUGCUGUUGCUGUUGCUGUUGAUCAACUUAUGUUAAUUGGAUACUUUAAAUUUUGGGGGCAUUUUCCAACAGAGAUGCCUUUAUUCUUAAGAAAGAAAAGACCAAAGUAAUUAAAUUUCUAAAUAAACUAGGGAGCAGAAUAAAAACAUAAAGGAGAUAAAUAAAGCUAUAUCAAUUAUCAAACAAAGCCAAUAGUCAAUCCUUUGAAACAAAUUGGCAAAAUUGAUUGACUUUUGGCCCAAAUUCAGAGAGUUAAUUAAGAAAAUCAAGGAAGAAGUUAUAGCUCCCAUUUUCAGUCAAACUUGGAAAACUAGCAAAGUUCAUCAUGCUAGAAUAUGUAAGAAGUUUACAUUUUUAAUAGUCAAUUCAGUUUGAGCAAUUAGGUACUUGUAAUGGAUGCUGGAAAAUGAAGAAUUAGUUUGAUUAAAUCAUGUGAGGUAGCACUAACAGGUGCACAAAAUAAGGGGCACAUCUAUAGAGUGCAGUCUGAAUUUCUGUUUAAGUUGGCAGGUACCUCUUAGACUCCUGAAUUGACCCAGUUGUCAUCUACCACAGACAUCUAACAUCAGAUUGAAUUUCAAGACUGGCAACAAAGAACACUGCUGGGAAAGACCUGGGCGGGAAUGAGAGACCACCUGCAGAGAUGAAAGCCAGUGGGAACCACUACAUUUUCAUCUCAGGAAGGGCACAUCUUGUGGGAGAGUUCUUUGUUGUUUCAGAUUGUGGAACGCUAUCGAAUUAGUCUGUGGAAAAUAGCGUUCUUUGUGUAAUCACUUUAAUGCAUAGGGGAUAUAUAUAAUCAUUAGUAAUUUUAGGGUGGGAGGGAUUAAUAAGUAAUCUUAAGUGGGUGGGAUUAGUUACACAGCAUGAUUAUAUCUUAGAUAUCACUAUAAGUAGACAUGUGCACUUGUGAUCCUUUAUCCUGUGAUUGCUACCUUUAAUAAUUUCAAAUAAAUUCGGAGGGAACUGCAGGGAGAUGAACCUGUUUAGGGUGACUUGAACAUGGAAGAAAAAAAAAAACCCUAGUGGGAUAAAGUUCAAAGGUGAUCAAACAGAUCAUUUAAUAGAUGGCUCUUUGCCUUGAGUAUUAACUCCAGAGAUAAAGAUUGUGAGCAAAGUCUUUAGUGAGUUAUAGGGUGGAUAGAUACCCUUUGAGAAAUUGUUGCUGAGAUGACAUUGAUGUGAUGUAUGGUGAAUAUUCAUGGAAGUUAUGCAAAAAUGAUGAAUAAGAAAUGGAAGUGAUGAGUAAGAAAUGUUGCUCCCAUCAGUCGCCCUCCUUUUUACCUCUUCCCCAUAUCCCUAUCCCUAUCCUACACCCCUACCCUCCCUCAUUAUUAUUGCUGUAUUCUCUUUAUUUCUCUCAAUUACUAAUACUGAUGUUAUAAUAAAUUCAAUCAAUAAAGAUUUAGUGGUUAAGUGCAAA